UUUACUGCAGGUGAUAUCCCUUCUUUCAUUUUCAAUUUGACAAAUCUAGAAGAGUUUGAUGUUUCUCAAAAUCAACUAAUUGGUGGCAUACCAAUAAAGUUUGAAUAUUUAUAUUCUCUUUCUCUUCUAAAUGUCUCCCAAAACAAGCUGAGUGGAAUUGUGCCUUACUUUAGGAACAGGUUCGAUGUUGAAUUUCAUGUUGACUUUAGUCACAACAAAAUCAAUAGACUAUUACCAUAUGGGAUAUGCACUUUUCCAUCAAAAUGUAGCAUUGAUUUGAGCUACAAUAAUAUCUCUGGUAAUAUACCUAAAGAGCUUAGUGAGCUGCUCUACAUCAACUUGUCAUACAAUCAUCUCAGCGGCUAUGUCCCUAGUGAAGUUUAUAGCUCUUUUCCUCAUGACAUUUUAAAUGGUAAUAAAGAACUACUUGGUCUAGAGAAGAUAUAUGAUUCUUCUAAAGAUUCAAAGUCUUUGAUGAAAAUCAUUAUUCCUUUGACAAUUUUUGUUGUCAUCAUAUUUGUUGGGGGUUUCAUCUGGUUUCAUUUUUUCAAAAAGAGCAAGAAAUUCAUAAUUGAGACAAGAGAAACAAAAAAUGGAGAUUUGUUUUCCAUAUGGAAUUAUGAUGGAAAAAUUGCAUAUGAAAAUAUUAUAGAAGCAACAGAGGACUUUGACAUCAAAUAUUGUAUUGGAACCGGUUCCUAUGGAAGUGUUUAUAGAGCACAACUUCCUAGUGGCAAAAUUGUAGCAUUAAAAAAACUCCAUAGAAGAGAAUAUGGAAACACAUCUUUUGCCAAGAGUUUUCACAAUGAAGUGAAGAUGUUGACUGAAAUUCGACAUCGCAAUAUUAUAAAGCUUCAUGGUUUUUGCAUACAUAAUCAGUGCAUGUUUCUCAUCUAUGAAUACAUGGAAAGAGGAAGCCUUUUUUAUGUGUUGAAUAAUGAUGACGAAGCUAAAGAGUUGGAUUGGAGUAAGAGAGUGAAUGCCAUCAAAGGAAUAGCAAAUGCUUUGUUCUACAUGCAUCAUGAUUGCAUUCCUCCAAUUAUCCAUCGAGACAUAACAAGUAGUAAUAUAUUGUUCAACUCAAAGAUGGAGGCUUUUCUAUCUGACUUUGGCACAGCUAGAAUCAUUGAUUCAGAUACAUCUAAUCAAACUCUUCUAGUUGGUACUUAUGGUUAUGUUGCUCCAGAGCUUGCAUACACCUUGACUGUGACUGAAAAAUGUGAUGUUUAUAGUUUUGGAGUGGUUACAAUGGAAACAAUUAUGGGAAGACAUCCUGGAGAUUUAAUAUCAUCUUUUUCAAAGGCCAACACUGAAAUCAUUUUGCUAAAGGAUGUGUUAGACCCACAUGUCCAGCUGCCAUCACAAAAAGAUGCAAGAGAUGUGAUUCUUUUGGUCAUAAUAGCAUUAGCAUGCUUAAAUCCAUCUCCCAAAUCUCGACCAACAAUGCAACAAGUGUCUCAAAGGCUUUUAUCCUCCGACUUGCCACUAACCACUCCUUUUAAUGAUAUCUCAAUCCAGCAUUUACUAAAUCAAGAUAUGCGAAUAAUCUAG